GCUGCAGCCACCGAAAAUAAGUUUUUCUUUUUCUUUUGUUUGGGCGAGAUAAUCAGCGAAGUGAAGCUAUAGAGGAGCCUGAGACGAAAGGAUGAACUCAUGGGUUUACUCUUGUAUGACCCAAAACGUCGUAAUCUCCGAUUAUUCGCACACUUUCUCAUUGACCCAACACUUUGGUUUUCCGGCGUCGAUUCGAAGACCAUCCGUCGUCAGCUUUCCGUUAACAUAUGCGCCGAAAUUUCGGCUGUUUAAACCCCAAAAGCUUCGAUCUUCUUCCCAAUCUUCGACCCAUGAAGGAGACGAAGACUCUGAAUCAGUCGUACAAGCCCUCAAGAUUCCAGACGAGUGGUUACUCCCUUCCAAGGCCAUUGAGGAAUCUGAAUGGUUGAGAGUAACUCUGCACAAGUGGUUGGACGAUGAGUAUUGCCCUGAACCAACCAAUGUGGAGAUCAGUGAUGUAGCUGCAAAGUCUUUCUACACUUCACUUUCAGAGAAAGAAACCGACAUGGGAGUGAUUUUGUUGAAGAUGGCUCAGGACUUAACCUCCAUCUCAUACCAAGAAAGCUUCCAUGGAGCUUUCACAUCCGCAAAUGCAGCUAUCAAUUUGAUUGUUGAAAGAGUAGAAACCGGCGGCCUACUCUAAACUCUAGUCUAGUUUAGUUAUAGUAAAGGUUCAAGAACAGUGUCUUUUUGUAAAUUAUGAAUCAGUUAUUUCAGUUGAUCAGGUGCAGGGAAAUCUAAAGUCUUUACAGUUGUGAAUCCUCCAUCUACCACUAGAUUAUGCCCAUUCACAUACUUUGAAUCAUCGGACGCGAGGUAAACCGCUGCGUUAGCUACGUCGACCGGUUCACAAACCUCUCCGUUCAACACUCCCGUGCUCUGCACUAUCUGGACCAGCCUCGAGUCGUCGACGUUAGGGUAAACCUGCCGCAUCUCGUCCAUCACGAACGACGUCGUGAUUGCGAAAGGUGAAAUGCAGUUGACCCUGAUCCUGUGCCUGCAUAGCUCUGAAGCCGUUGAUCUCACAACUCCGAUAACCGCGGAUUUCGAGACGCUGUAAGUGUGUUGCGCUAAUCCUCCCAUCAUCCCCGUGACACUCCCUGCGCAAAUGAUGGAUCCGGAGUUACGAGGGAUCAUCACACGAGCAGCGUGUUUGAUUCCGGCGAUGACUCCACGGACAUUUGUGUUCAUUACCUGCAAGAACAUAGAUUAAAAAGGAUUAAAACUGGACCGUAAACUUGUUAUCUCAUAUGGUCUUUGAGAUCAGAGUACCUUGUCGAAAACAUUGAGAUCAAGAUCGACGAUACUAGGAGGCGUCUUGCAGGGAAUACCGGCGUUGUUGUACAUGAUGUCAAGCUGUGUGUGUAGCGAGACAGCGAAAUCAACCGCGUUGGCGAUGUUUGAUUCUUUGGUCACAUCGCAGUGGAAAUAUGCAGCGUUUGGACCGAGUUCUUGCGCGGUUUCUUCCCCGAGCUGCGGUUGGAUAUCGGCGAUGAUGACUUUGGCGCCAUGGCUGAUGAAUUUUCCGGCUGUUGCUUUGCCAAUCCCACUUGCUCCUCCUGUGAUGAGCGCUACUUUGCCUUCUAGCUUCCUUUUUACAAAUGUGUGACAACUAUAGGAUAAGGUUUUGUCGAAGAAGACAAAUGAAACCACACCAACUUGUAGUAUCAAAUUAUUUUACAUAUGACAUUCUCAAAAAGACAUAACUAUACAUUCGUUAGAUUAUUUUAUUUUCUAUAUAUAGAAAAAAAUAUUGAUAUUGUAUCUAGUAAUUCAGAUUCUUGUAAAAAUGGGAUUAGGAUGGAACUUGCCUUGAACUUGAAUGAGAUGAUACAGAUGAGGAGAUGCCCUUGGUGGAGAAGUUCUUGCCCACAUAUAAUCUCUUGAUUAAUGCAUUUUUUCUAUUUCAGAUACAAAAAAAGAAGAAGAGAAUAAUUAGAAUAGAAAUAGUGUUUCCCUUGUUAAAUCUGCAGAGAUGGAGAAAAAGGGUUUGGAAAAGGAGCUUGACCCAAUCUGAAACAUGUCUUGAUCUGCGAUAGAUUGGUCUUUUUUCCGAUUUCUAACUUAUAACUUCGAGUCUUUGAAGAGAUGGGUCUCUGUGUUUGUGUCAAAAAUAGCUAUAUAGCGAGAGAGAAAAAGGUGUAGCCUUGAAAAGGUAGAGAGGGAGAGAAAGAAAAGAGAAUCUAAUGGGGCUGUGUUUUGAACCAGUAACAUUCUAGCUAGCAUGCAAGUGUUUUUGGGGAAAAAAGGGGAAAAAGUUAUUUUUUGUUAAUGAAGACAAAACAGGAACAUGUUACAAUAGUCAAGCAUGUGUUGAUUUCUUC